CUCCUAAAGAGCUGGUCGGGACUUCAGGUUGCUCUGCAUGCUUGGCUGAUUUUGUCUCUUAAAUAUCUUUGGAAUCCAUUCCUCCUGCCUCUGCCUUCACUCCCUCGUGGCGUUCAAGAGGCCACCUUCCUUCCUUUGCUGCAGAAGCUCCACAGUUGAGGCUGUGGCCCUGCGCAGCCCGCCCGUGGCUACCAGGAUGAGCUGUUCCGGAGAUCCCACCGUGUCCCUGUCUCCCUCAGAAUCCCCCAGUGGCUCCCAUUGCCCCUGAGUUGUUUUUUUUUAAACAUGUCCAAAAAGCCCCCUGUGCUGCAGUUUCUCUGUUUUAAUCUGUCCAGCCUCCUCAGCUUUCUUCCUCCCCGCCUUCUCAGCUCCCCCCGCAAGCCUGGCUGUUCCUCCCUUUUCCCCGUGUUUACUGUCCUUUUUCUUCCAUCUGCCUUCCUCUUCUUCAUUCCUUCAGUUUUGCUCACGCAUCACCCCUCCCUGGAAGCCCUCCGUGACUGGGGCUGAGUUGGGAGCUUCCUUGGUACCCCGGGCCCUGCAGAAGUGCUUAUUGCCUUGACCGUGGUGGUGGUUUCUUGGGUGCAUCCGUAAGUCUGAACACACCCGAGGUACAUGCUGAAGACAGACACCAUGCCACAAGAAGAGUGAGCUCUUCCUAGUUUUCACAAUGGAGGACUCGGGAAAGACUUUCAGCUCCGAGGAAGAAGAAGCAAACUAUUGGAAAGAUCUAGCGAUGAGCUACAAGCAGAGGGCAGAGAAUACACAGGAGGAACUCCGAGAAUUCCAGGAGGGAAGCCGAGAAUAUGAAGCUGAAUUAGAGACGCAGCUGCAGCAAAUUGAAACCAGGAAUCGAGACCUCUUAUCGGAGAAUAACCGCCUUCGCAUGGAGCUGGAAACUGUCAAGGAGAAAUUUGAAAUGCAGCAUUCUGAAGGCUACCGGCAGAUCUCGGCUUUGGAGGAUGACCUGGCACAGACUAAAGCAAUUAAAGAUCAACUGCAGAAAUACAUCAGGGAGCUGGAGCAAGCAAAUGAUGACUUGGAAAGAGCCAAACGAGCCACGAUCAUGUCUCUGGAAGACUUUGAGCAGCGCCUGAAUCAAGCCAUUGAAAGAAAUGCCUUCCUGGAAAGUGAACUUGACGAGAAGGAGAACCUCCUAGAAUCUGUUCAGCGACUAAAGGAUGAAGCCAGAGAUUUGCGGCAGGAAUUGGCUGUGCAGCAGAAGCAGGAGAAGCCCAGGACACCCAUGCCCAGCUCGGUGGAAGCCGAAAGGACAGACACAGCUGUGCAGGCCACAGGCUCUGUGCCAUCUACUCCUAUAGCUCACCGAGGACUCGGCCUUGGUUUAAAUACGCCGGGGACAGUCAGGCGUGGGCUGGACAGCUCCAACAGUGGGACCCCUCUCACACCUGCCGCCCGGAUUUCAGCCCUCAACAUUGUGGGGGACCUGCUGCGGAAAGUAGGGGCACUGGAGUCCAAACUUGCAUCCUGCCGGAACUUUGUAUAUGAUCAGUCCCCCACCCGGACAAGUGGCCCAGUCUCAGGGCGUGGGAGCAAGAACAGAGAUGGUGGCAGUGACAGAAGGACAAGCGGCAGUGGCGUACCUCUGGGUGACAAAGGGUUGGGAAAACGCCUGGAAUUCGGGAAGCCGCCCUCACAUCCAUCCUCGCCAGCACUGCCACUGCCGUCUGCCCCUGGGGUUGUCAAGCUGUUGCUUUAGGAACCCGCGCGAGCUGGAGUCCUGUCUGGCCGGGGUCCUUACCUUUCCUUUCCUCCUGCCUUCACACUAGGCUUUUUUUUUUUUUUUUUUUAAAUAAUUAGUUUGAGAAAUGAGAGCCAGCAGUCACUAUAGUUUGCUUUGUCCUGUGUGGCCCAAGCCACUGACCAAGGCUGUCAGCCGUGGCCCUGGUGGUAUCCCUGCGAAAUGACGUCUCCCCUUGGUGUGUGUGGAUCACAGAGACAGUGACAAACUGGGCCUCUAGGAAGGUUCUGAGUGUGGGGGACAAGGCUGUCCGUCACUGGCUACCCAGGAGUCCUGAUGUCCUUGUGGGGUGCUGUUAGUGUCCAGCUCUCGGGCUCACCUCUUGGCCCCUUGCAUCUGGAGCUGACUUCCAGAACGGACUCUCAGUGCUUUAUGGUGUGCAGAAAUCACGUCUUGGAGCGGUGAAGAAAAGAUGCGUGUGCCUUUUAAAACUGACAGUGUACCUCUGACUCUUUAAUGUGCCCCUCAUGGUGGUCUUUAGAGAUAAUGUUUGCGUUUUGGAGUCAUUUUCAAAUCAGCAUCAGUGAGGAAUCCUGUCCUCUGCGGGUAAGGCCCAGCCCUUAAUCCCCAAGUUCCCCACUCUGGCAUGGGGGUGACAUCUGCUUCAGGACUUUGGGGGUGCUAGGAGUACAGUGGCCUGGAUCCUACAGCCCCUAAGUGGAGAACUUCACUCAAAGCCAUCUUGAAAUAAACGGGGUGGCCUUCAGAUGCGAUGAAAACAACAGAUGUUGUUGGAAGCGUGUUGGUGAAACGGAGAAACAAGCACAGCAGCCCCAGUGUUCCCCGAGUCGUCUGUGAGCCCCUACUGGCCCUGCUCUGCUGCCUCUGCUCUCAGACACCAGCGGAAAGAGCCGUGCCUCCCAGGAGCCAGGAGUGCAGCCUGAUAGCCUGCACUUUUUACUAAGUUAUUUUCUGACAGAACCAGCGAAACUAAGCCUUGAGUUGAAAAUAGAAUUUUUUAAGCCCUCCUGAGGUUUGGCUGAGAAGUCAGCUACAGACCGGCCAGGUUUGUCACCUAACAUGUUCUAAUCUGUGUGGUAAAAGAUGUCCUUUAUUUUUUUAAACAAUAAAAUCAAGAGAAA